AUGGUGGAGUCCUCGGGCAGCAGCUCCAGCCGAGUGGGGCAGAGGAAGAGGCCGCACCAGCAGUCCCCGCCUGCUGAAGAGGAGAUGAAGAAGGAGCAAGGGGCUCCCCUCCGAGCAGGGCAGGCAAGGGGGCGCAGGCUCUGGGGCCGCCUCCGGAGGGGCUUCCGCCGGGCUGUGGAAAAGAUGAAGAACGAGGAGAUGAAGACCCUCCACCUGAGCCAUGGGCUGCAGCACCAGUGCCGCAUCGUCCUGCCCAGCCCCGUACGCCAUGUGACCCACGACCUGCAGAGAAGGGCCUUCGUGGUGCUGGACGCAGCCAACACGCUGCACCUCUUGACGGAGGACGGCUGCUGCAGGGAGAGCGUGAAGGGCCUGGCCCCCAUGACGGGCAUCCUCUAUGCCUCCCACGUCAACCAGUUUGUGGCCUGGUUCACGGGAGGCCUGCAGGUCCUGGACUCCAACUUCCAGCUGCUCUCGCAGGUGCCCUCCUCCCUGCCCAUCCGCUGUGGCAUCUACAGCAAGCAGCUGAACAGGAUCGUGACUGCCGGAGACGGGAACCUGACCCUCUGGAGCUUCCGUUACGGCUCCCGCAGCCUCCAGUGCCGAGCCAGCGUGAGCACCGGCCUGGGGCCCACUGACCUCUUUGUCCGCCUCGCCCUGGACACCGGCAGCCUCAGCGAGCCCCACCGCUGCUUUGCCUCUUGUGCCACCGGUGUGGCCACCUUCGACAUCUCCAGGGGGAGUCUCCUGGCCUUCAGCACGAAGCUCCAUAGCAGAGAGAUCACAGACCUUGCCUAUUGUGAAGCCAUUGGCUGCGUUAUCACAGCCUCACGGGACACCACCAUCAAGGUGUGGAACAAGGAGUGGCACAUUCAGAUCGUCUUUGUGGGGCACACCGCUCCAGUCAUUGCUGUGAGCAUCUACCCCCGCCGCCCCCUCAUCUUCUCUGCCUCCCAAGAUGGGACCAUCCGCACCUGGAACCUCAACACCAUUGACCAGGUAGACCAGGUUCACGUCUCGGAGCCCGUGGAGUCCCUGGACACCCACACCAGUUCUCACGUCUUCUCCAUCUCGGGCUGCACCCUCAACCUCUGGAAAAUCAACCAGCUCUACUCGCUCUACACCCCGCUGGGCUCGCCCGCCAAGCGGCUCAGCUGCAUCGACCUGAGCCUUCUGGGCAACUUCCCUGCCCGCAUCCUCUGCCUCUGCCAGGACUCCACGGUGCAGCUGCUGGAGGCCCAGAGUGGCGCCCCCGUGUCCAUCCUCUCCUUGGACCAGUAUUCCCCGGCUCGGGACGUGGCCUACUGCUUGCCCCGGGAGACGCUCUUCGUGCUGCUGGAGCAAGGCCAGGUGCUGCGCGUCAACGCUGCCACCAGCCCCAUGACGGUGAAGCGGUCCUUCAGCAGCAGCCUCUGGGACUCCAAGCCCUGCUGCAUCCUGCUCUACAGCCACGUGGUGGAAGCGGAGAAGGUGCAGGCCACGUGGCUGGAAGUGACCCAGAACCAAGGCUACCGGAGGAAGUGGCAGAAAUCCACCAUCAACAUGCAGGACAGAAACAGAUUCCUGCCAAUUCUGGGGCACAAAAACGGUUCCCUGAGUGUCAUAGAUUGGUUCUCGGGCCGAGUGCAGUACACCGUGGAGGCGCAUAACCCUGAGCGGGUGACAGCACUGGCUGAGUACACCACACAGAUAUGCGUCUUGUCAGCAGGAGCUGACCUAACGGUGAAGAUGUGGCGCCUCUUCCCCUACACGGAGGAGAGCCUCCUCCUCCUCCUGUGCAUCUCCUGCGCCUCCCCUGCGUGGCACAUGUGCUUCCUGGGAGAGACCCUGGCGGUGGCCUUCCAGGACCCCGAAACGGUCACUUACAGCAUCGUCCACUACAAUCUGAUGGAGCAGACGCGCUCCGAGCACGGACCCGAGGAUGACGCCCAGGAUGACAUCACCGGACUCUGCUGCUGCCCAAACCUCCAGCUCUUUGCCUCGUCCAGCCGGGAUGGGUCGGUGAAGAUCUGGGACCACAAGAACAAGCUGAUCCGGCACCUGAAGCUGAACACCAUCCCGGAGAGCCUGGCCUUCGCUAACCACAAGGGGGACCUGCUGGUGGGCCUGGAGCAGCACCUGUACCUCAUCCCCCACAUCCAGUACCUGCCCAGCUACUACCAGAUGCAGCUGCUGUGGGCAAAGUUCCUGGAGCCCCUCCAGGACGUCUCGCUGCCCAUGAGCCCCUCCUCCUUUGAGGCCCUGGUGCAAGAGAACGACCGCCGCUUGAGGCAGGAGCUGCCGGUGGAGAAGUCCGAGUCCAGCGUGUCCAGCACCUUCCAGGUGCCCCUGAAGGAGUCCAAGGAGGUCAGGGAGGCCCGGCUCAAGCAAGAGGGCAUUGCGCAGGUGGCGGAGAGGAACCGGGACCUGCAGCUGCUGCAGGAGGGGAAGCUCAGCCGGGCCAAGAGAGGACCCCUCCCCAAAGAGAUGCAGGAGGAAGCCUUCAGGCGCUACCUGGGCUUCUUUUACAAGGAGCAGCUCAACCUGCAGAUCCCUGAAGAGGAUCCUUUCAAUGCCGAUGAAGUGCUGGAAUCCCUGGCCCAGAUGGAUCCUCUCUCUGCCCUCCGCGGACCCACCAUCUCCCGCAUGUUCCUGGGAGGAUUCAUAAAGCCCCGGAGUCUCGAAAUGAGCAGCUCCCUCUUUGUCGAUAUCAGCCCCUCCCUGCGUUGGACCUCUUCUCAGGCAGUUCCUGGCUCCCUUCAGGUGAAGAGGAAGAAGGUGGAAAUCGGCACUGGCCCCUCCUCUGCCCGGAUGCAGGAGACGCCCACCCUGGGGAAGGCUGGAGCAGCCCCCACGCGGGAAGCCCCCGAGGCCCUCCGGCCCCCGUCAGUGGGAGGCGGCAGGCAAGGCUCCCAGCCCAGCCAGAGAGGUCCUGAGGAGGAGGCGGGCAUGCCUGCAGAGCGCUUGAGCCCGGUCAAAACGUUGGGAUCUCUGGUCUCGGUUACCUCAGAAACCCCCUCGUUCCCCAGCCCCACCAGGCACUUUAAGAGUGAAAAGAGCGUCCUCUUCAGGGAGCCCCUGUCAGGGCAGCAGAGCCAGGCCUCCCUGGCCUCCACCUCGCGUUUGAGGAGCCCACAGGCGUCCAUCAUCGUCAAGGGCUUCUUCCCAGAGAGGCCCAGCAGCCCAACGGGGUCUCUGGCGGAGCUCAAGAGCCUUCAGCUGCCCAAAAUAUCCUCGGGCUUCAUCCCCAACUCCGUGGUCGUCCAGCAGCUUCACACCGCAGACCUGCUGGAGGCGGAGAAGCUGGUGAAGGUGAUCGGACCCCAGAAGGUGUCCCAGAGCUCCUCCAAGGCCAGUUCAGUGUGGACGUUUGAGGAGGACGAACUGUCCGAGGAAGAACCGUGGCUGGUGGCCCAGGAGACCCCCUCCAAGUCCUGGAUCAGGCCAGCCAAGGAAGACGCCCCCUCCACAAAGCAGAGCCUGCCUGGGGUUUUCCUGACUCAGCUGGACGAGUCCCAGUACGCAGAGCCACAGGAGGCCUUGCCGGCAUUUGUGCUGCCCUUUGUGGGCCAAGAGUGGUUCCAGAACCUUUUCCCAGAGGGUGUCCGCCCUGAGAUGCCCUUGCAUGCCUUGGUGAGGAAGCUGCAGCAGUCGCUGGUCACCUCCGACUUCCACAUCAAGACGGAAGUGCUGGGCGCCAUCACCUACCUGGAGGACCAGCUGGAGGACAAAGCGAAGAGGUGGAUCCAGUACACCCUCUUUGAAGUGCUGAAUCAGGAGGGCAAUACCCCCUCUCUGCAGGAAAAGAGCCAGGAGCAGUUCAUCCUGGCCGCCCUGCGCGUCCUCCUGGACCUGGACAAAGACAGCCUGGACUUGAUGGUGGAGCUGAUGUGCUGCUACUUGUUGGCUGCUCCGUACGCCCGGGCAGUCUUCAAGCGCAUGUUCCAGGAGUUGGGGCUUCAGGACCCCCACAACUUUUUCUUCAAGGAGAUGAACUCCUGGAUGGUGGAGAUGGGGGACCCCAAAGAGGUUGUCCGGAAACUCAGCCGCGAGUGGCUGGAGGAGAAGAUCAGGAUUUUCAAGGAACACAGAGCUCGCCGGUGGGAAGAAGAGGCCGUCUCUGGGAAGCAGCUUCCCCUGGACACCAGCCACAAGAUCCAGGGAAGGAAGAGGCUGGAGAAGAGCCACAAGAAACCCAGGAAGCAGGCUGGAAAGCUGGCCAAGGCUGCCCACAAGGAAGAGACGGAAAGCGAGGAGGAAGGGCGGGAGAGGCACAGCUGGAAAGACCACCAGAAGCGCGUUCGCCCCAUUGACGCCAUCCAACAUUUUACGGAACAGCAGCUGCGGAGAGAGGUGGAGGAGCUGAAAGAGGCUGUCCCUCCGAGAGCAGUUUCCCCCCCCAGGGACACCGUCUUGGCCUUGCCCCCUCCUCAAAAAAGGACCAAGGCGAUCCUGCGCCUGGGAGAGACCAACGCCAUGCUGAGAACGAGGAUUGCUGAGCGCUUCUACUUCCCCUUCAUCUUCCCCCGCUUCCUCAUGAAAGGCUUCGUCCCCUUCGUGAAGCUCCCGCUGCCGAAGGUCACUUUGCAGCCCUUCCCAUCCCUCUCCAAGAGGCCGCCGAGCUCUUUCCCUGCCGGGCAGCAGCUGGUGCACAAGUAUUUCAUCCCAAAGCUUUCCUACGCCGACAGCUACCCCUGAAGGCUGGGCUGGCUGGCAGAGGCCCAGGCGGAGCCGAGGGGCUUCCCAGGCGGGAGUUGGACGGCCCCCUGGCCGAAGAGCCGGGUGGCACCAGCCUGGCACAGGGACACAUGGACCACUGGACCCACCUGGUAGCAACCACCAGGGAGUCUCCUGGGUUCUGACGCCCGAUCAGAUGUGCGGACAGAGGGAGGGAGAGGCGCCAAUAAAGUGGAAAGUGGAGCCUCUUCCUUCGCAGGGAAACUCUUUGCUCAGCCGCUCCUGGGCUCCCCUGCGGGGGGCUGGGGGGAGAGG